GGGCGGGCUUGCCUCGUGCGUGCGCGCGUGCGCGCGGUGUUUCCGGCCGACGGUGCAGGAUGGUGCUGCUGGAGAGCGAGCAGUUCCUGACAGAGCUCACCAGACUCUUUCAGAAGUGCAGAACUUCGGGGAGCGUUUUCAUAACGCUGAAGAAAUAUGAUGGCCGAACAAAACCAGUCCCACGCAAAGGCCAUGUAGAAAGUUUUGAACCAGCAGACAAUAAAUGUCUUCUAAGAGCAACUGAUGGAAAGAAGAAAAUUAGCACAGUGGUGAGCUCAAAGGAAGUAAAUAAAUUCCAGAUGGCAUAUUCAAAUUUGCUGAGAGCUAACAUGGAUGGCUUGAAGAAAAAAGACAAGAAAAGCAAAAACAAGAAGAGUAAAGCAACACAGUGAUGGAACAGUGUCCUACCAUCACUAUAUAACAGACUCGAGUCUUGCUCAAAGCAAAGUCCAUUUCUUUUUGAGUUACCACUUGUGUUUGGCUUUCCUUCCAGCAGGAUACUGGGAUGCAAUCAGUACUUUUGUUUAAUCUGAGAGCAGAAGGUGCUUUCUAUGCAUUGUUGUAUGGCAGGAGUAUUUACAGGGUUAUACUGAAGUAGCUUUACACUCAGCUGCCAACUAGUUUUGUACUUAUACUACUGCUUGUUUUGUUAUUAUACAAGUGGGCAGUGUAAAAUCUGUUGUGGGGGGCGGGUAACACAGGGUGAAGAGAAUGUACUGUACCAGGAGCAAAGUAAGACUGGAGCAGGAGUCUCAGUGACAGAUGCCCAGUUUUAUAGAAAACCCUCAGUAGUACUAGGGAAAGUGGGUGCCAACAUAUUAUCAGAAACACAGCUUUACUGUUUCUGUCUUACUUUGAGGGACAUGUCUACCUGAUGCAGUGCAGAUAUCCCUAAGGCAGCCAGCACAGUGCUUGAGCUCUUAGCAGAGCCAGGCAGCUGUGCCUUUGAUCCAUGCUGAUCUAGCUGUGCUGACCCUGGCUCAGGGUGGGGGGAGGGUAGGACUCUGCAUCAUGUUCCCUUCAGACAUGGCUUAAAAAUGCUCAUGUCACCUAAACUUUUUUUUAAAGCUUCAUCCUUCAGUAUAUUCAGGGAUCUGAAUUUCCCCAUGUUUCACAUCUUAAAGUAGCUCCUUCAUAUUAGCAGAUGUAAAAGAUGAAUACUUAAUUGUUCCUAUUAAACACAAUGAGAAAUGGA